AUGGAGUAUAUUUAUAAAAUUGCACUUAUUUUUACAUUUUUCUUUCUAAACUGUGGCUGUAUUCCAAAUACAUCACUUUGCAGUAUUUUCGAUGCAUUUCGAAUACAACCUGAUAAUAUUAAGUAUGAAAUAGGAGGUGCAUUUCCAUUACAUGGUAAGGAUUGUACUGAACUAGAAGCAAGUACUGUACAAGAUAUUGUCGCGAUUCAGUGGGCAUUAACAUACUGGAAUCAAAAUUCGAAUAACAGUCAAGCAAAAAUUGGUCUUUAUGCCGGAGAUUCAUGUUCGCGAGUGAAAGAAGCAUUGUUUCAAACAACAAGGUUUUUGGACUCCCUAGGAUAUCUUGGACCCGAAGAAUGCAUUUCAGAGACAAAGAGACGAAGGCUAUCUCCAAUUUUACUCGGCCUUUUAUCACCAAAAGAUUAUGAAUCUGCCAAUGCUGUGGCAUCAUCAAUAAAGUCCUUAUCCAUUCCCGUCGUUACUUACAGCACUUCAUCUGCACAAGCUUUUAUUAACAAUGGCAUCAAUAAUUUCAUAACUACUGCACCAACGCUUUCAGUAUUCAUUGAAGUUUUUCUUAAAUUGAUGAAGAUUCUGAAAAGUGAUUUGGUUUGUAUAGUCGACGAUGGAACUCAAAUACAAUCAAUUUCACGACUAGUGCAUCAAAUAAAAUCGAAAAAAGUUUUCGUGUCUGAAAUAGUUUCUCUGGAUGAUCCAAAUUUUUUCGACAUUAUUUCUUACUCUGAUAGUCAAAUCAUUUUAUCUCUGAUAAAUAAGCAUCAGUUAAUUGAUUUGUUAACAAAAGCCAACGCUUUACGACGUGAUAAAUUGUGGAUUGCAAUAUUACCUGAUUCAGAUAGACUUUCUCCACAAGAACAAUCAAAUAUCGUAAUGAAUGGUAUAAAAAUUCAGGCCAUAAUAUUACAACAAAAGCAAAAAGAAUUUUUCCAGUUUGGUGAAUAUUUUCAGCGAGUUAUCAAGGAUAAAUAUCAGUCUUAUUUCCUUUUGACGGCCUAUGUUCAAAAGGUGCACAACUGCACAACUAGCAGAUUUGAAAAUAAAAUUGAUUGUUCUAAAUUGGAUCUUAACAUGAUCAAAUCCAAAUAUGAACAAGCUACGUCAGUUGAACCAGCAAUUCGUGCUGCAUAUGGAUUUGCAGCAGUUGGAGCUAAAUUAUCUAAUUCCAAAGAUAAAAAAAUCUGCGAGAAACUAUCAUCGGAAUGCACUAAAAGAAUUCUAUUCGAACUCGAAUCAUUGAUUUAUGAAUUUAAUAGUGAAGAUGUGGAAGAUCUGAAUGAAGAACGACUUCGUUUUUAUCGCUUAAAUGAAUCGAUCCUUAUUUCCAGUGGAAUUAUCAUUGAAGGAAUCGAACUUAUUAAUGAUGAUUUUUAUGGGCCAAUAAUCGCUAAAGCAAGACGACAAUCGCGUUUUGUCAAUAACAACCUCCGUGUGCGAAAAAUUCGCUCUAUUUGUCCACCGUACCGGUCAUUCUGCGGAAAAUGUCAUUAUACAGUGCAAGCAAAACCAAAUAGAUAUUUUCUGCUGACACCCAAAGAAUAUCCAGUUUAUCUCAUGGGAUUAUUUGAUUUUCGCGAAGGACAUUCCUGUGAAUUAAUCGGAAAUUUCGAUAUUUCUAUUCCUAUGGCUUUUUAUUAUACGGUGUCAACUUUUCAACAAAAGUAUGGAGAAAAUGAUUUGCUUCGCAAUUUAGAUCUCGGUGUAAUAUUUGCAGAUUCUUGUACAGUUGCGCGACGAGCCGUUGAAACCAUUUUACUAGGCGAAAAUCAUUGCUUUUCAUUUCAGCAAGCAGAAAGAAAUAUCACAUUAGUUCCUGGAUCUAUAUUUGGUGAGAAAAAGAGCCAUUUAUCAGCAGUUAAUGAUGUGGCUAAUAAUGCAAUCGAAGAAUUAUUUACUCUUGGCGAAAAUGUUUUGCUUUCAUUUAAUUCGGACCGAUCUAAUUCCAUAGACAAAUUUACAACGAUGCCAUCAAAUAAACACCAAGCAAUAGCUCUCGUAAAAAUUCUGAAAAAAUUUCACUGGGAAUAUGUUACAGUUGUGCUUUCUGAGCAGGAUAUGACUUCAAAAGCGGCAUUUCGGCACUUUGAAGAAAUGGCGACCAAUCGUGGAAUUUGUAUAGCUGCAGUAGUAAGAAUUAUUGGCAGUAAUAUACCUAACACAGUUUCACCUUCAGCUACCAAUGUCACGCUUUUUUUCGCCACUGCUCUAGAUACAGCUAACUUCUUUGCCGCUAGAUUUCGAAGGGAUUCAUACCAAUCUCGAAUUCAUAUUGUUCUUGGAAACGGUCAUGAUUUUUACUUAGCUGAUCCAUCAAACAUAGCAAGUUUUGUUGGGACACUAUCCAUACAGCCUAAGGAUAAAAUUCGAGAUGACUUUCGUCAGUGGAUAGAGUCAAUAACACCGUUGACAUUUCCGGAACCGUGGUACUGGGAUUAUGUCGAAAAUCAGUGGCAGUGUGCAUUAUCAGCCGCAAAUCGCCAACGCUAUGGCGGAAAUAUGUGUACCGGUGUUGAACUACUCGAUAUUCCAAGUUUAGGCAGGAUGACUAGAAGCGGUUAUUUAUCCGUAAUGCUCGAAAAAUAUCUCUUUGCUGUGGAUUCAGUUUAUAAAAAACUCUGUCCGGAACAAAAAGGAAUAUGCAAUGAAUUUUAUAUUAAGGGAAAGAAACAGAUUUUAAAUGCACUAAGGAAAACUCAAGUCGAAGAUGCCUUCGACAUAUAUGAAUUUCUUCCUGAUAUUGGAGGUACAUUUUCUUAUAAAAAUAUUGGCAAUUGGUCAUUCAAAAAUGGCCUUCAAUUUAGUGAAAAUUACCAAUAUUUCGAUUUUUUAGCCAAUCUUCAUUCUUCCAAUAAAAUAUUAUCAAAAACAGUAGUGUCUCUUUGUGUACCACCAUCUUGCGAAUGUCGUUCGAGUUAUAAAAAACGUACAGAAGUUUUAUCAGAUGAUUCACCUUCUAUUAGUGGAUCAUAUAUACGAAGUCAGCCUGCGAAUUCUGUCACUAAUCGAGAUUAUGUUUCAUUGUCGGCGGAUUUGGGUUAUUCGAAUCGACGCGUAUGGAAUUAUGUUCUAUUAACGUUAAUAACCAUAACGUUAAUAACAGCGAUAUCAAUAGUUGUAUUAGUCUGUGUUAAAAUGUACUUAAGAGUUGUGAAAGGAAAUCAAUCAUUAGGUAUAUCGUUGUUAAUUGGAGUUAUUAUACUUAAUAUUUCGGCAUAUCUGUUUAUCAUGGAUCCAUCUGACGUCAUUUGCCGAUUAAGAAUGGUUUUUCAUUCGAUUGGUUAUACGGUUUGUUUCGGCGUUAUGAUUGCAAAAGCAACUCAACUCAAAAAUGCUGAAACUCUUGGUUUUUCAACUAUUGGUUAUAUAAGUUACUGGAAUUAUUGGCUCUUAUUACUUUUUGUGAUUGGAGUUCAAAUUGCUCUUUCACUCAGAUGGUUGGCUCAACAAUAUGUAUUAAACAUCGUACUAAAUGGACCUCAGUAUCAUCCAGUUUGUGCCUAUAGUGAUUUGGAAUUUUUAACAUCGCAAGCUUAUGUUGAUAGUAUAGUUGUAAUUGAACUAAUUCUUUGCUCGAUUAUUUUACUUGGAUUUUUAUUUGGACCAAAGUUAUAUAUUUUAAUGUCAUAUGAAACAGUUGUGGUGGAUUGCGAAACGAAUACUAUAAAUGGAAAAGGAACUCUUUAUGAAAAUGACCUAUUCGAACCAGUAACCAAUCAAGAUUCUAAAAGGAAUAUUUCUCCAGUGAGUAGUAUAUACAAUUAUUCUGUUGGUACUCCAAGUCCCGCGACGAAUCGUCCAAGAAGCGAUGAUCAGGGCCCAGUUUUCCAAACAGUUGUACGAAAAAAAACUAAACGACGAUCAUCCUCCGAAUAUGCACCCCGAAUUCAACCAUUAUUUGAUCAGCAACUCUCAUCAGCUACUCUUGAAAUCAAAGUUAAAUCACAUAAAGCACCAGAUUCGUUACGCCCUACCAUUAAAUAUGGUUAG